AUGUCGAGGUUCGCGAAAGCACGGCGCCUGAUACCGCCGCUCGCCGUCGCCGGCGCGGCGGGCGGUGUUCUCUACUACACGUACCGACCCCGAAACAUUCCCGGAUACGAGGGCCCCGUGGUCCCGCCGCCCAUCUAUGGCGCCGACGGCACCUUCAAGCUGCCUCGUUUCCCCCGCGUCAAGUCGCGCCUUGAGCAGAUCGCCGACCUGAAGAAGAGCAGCAGCGGGGUUGGGGGCGGGGGCGAGGGCAAGGGCGAGGGCGAGGGCGAGGAGUACGACAUCCUGGUCAUCGGCGCCGGCGCGACGGGCUCGGGAGUCGCCCUCGACGCCGCCACGCGUGGGCUCAAGGUGGCCGUGGUCGAGCGCGGCGACUUCAGCUGCGGGACCAGCAGCAAGAGCACCAAACUCGUCCACGGCGGAGUGCGCUACCUCGAGAAGGCCGUAUGGAACCUGGAUUACGCCCAGUACGAGCUGGUCAAGGAGGCGCUCAAGGAGCGCACCUACUUCCUGCAGACCGCGCCGCACCUCAGCAGCUGGCUCCCCAUCAUGCUGCCGCUCGACCGCUGGUGGAAGGUCCCCUACUACUGGGCGGGCACCAAGUUCUACGACUUCCUCGCCGGCAGCGAGGGCAUAGAGAGCUCCUACUUCCUGACCAAGAGCAAGGCCAUCGACGCCUUCCCCAUGCUGAAGCAGACCGACCUCGUCGGCGCCCUGGUCUAUUACGACGGCGCCCACAACGACUCCCGCAUGAACGUGUCGCUCGCCAUGACGGCCGCCCUGUACGGCGCCACCGUCGUCAACCACAUGGAGGUCACCGGGCUCCUCAAGGACGACAAGGGCAAGCUCUGCGGAGCCACCGUCAAGGACAAGAUUCCCGAGAGGGACGGCAAGCCGGCCGAGGAGUUCGGCAUCCGGGCCAAGUGCGUCAUCAACUGCACGGGGCCCUUCACCGACAGCAUCAGGAAGAUGGACGACCCCAACUGCAAGGAGAUCGUCGCUCCCGCCUCGGGCGUGCACGUCAUCCUGCCCGGCUACUACAGCCCCGGCAAGAUGGGCCUGAUCGACCCCGCGACGUCGGACGGCCGGGUCAUCUUCUUCCUGCCCUGGCAGGGCAACACCAUCGCCGGCACCACGGACGAGCCGGCCGUGGUGUCGACGAACCCGCUACCGGACGAGAAGUCGAUCCAGUGGAUCCUCAACGAGAUCCGCCACUACCUCUCCCCGGACAUCAACGUCCGCCGCGGGGACGUGCUGGCCGCCUGGUCCGGCCUGCGCCCGCUCGUCAAGGACCCCAAGGCCAAGAACACCGAGUCGCUCGUGCGCAGCCACCUCGUCGACAUCUCCGAGUCCGGCCUGCUCACCUGCGCCGGCGGCAAGUGGACCACGUACCGGCAGAUGGCCGAGGAGUGCGUCGACGCCGCCAUCAAGGCCUUCAACCUCCAGCCGAAACCGGUCGUCAACGCGCCCCGCGUCAGCGGCACCGAGAACGUCGACGACGGCGCCAACCUCGACGGCACCUGCCAGACCCACCGCGUGCGCCUCAUCGGCGCCCACGGCUGGAGCCGCACCCUCUUCAUCCACCUGAUCCAGCACUUCGGCGUCGAGACCGAGGUCGCCAAGCACCUUACCGAGAGCUACGGCGACCGCGCCUGGACCGUCGCCGCCUUGUGCCGCCCCACCGACAAGCGCUUCCCCGCCCGCGGCGAGCGCAUCUCGCAGCUCUACCCCUUCGUCGACGGCGAGGUCCGCUACGCCGUCCGCCACGAGUACGCCCAGACGGCCGCCGACGUCCUCGCCCGCCGCACCCGCCUCGCCUUCCUCAACGCCCAGGCCGCCCUCGAGGCCCUCCCCAAGAUCAUCGACAUCAUGUCGCAGGAGCUCGGCUGGGACAAGAAGAGGCAGGACUUCGAGUGGAACGAGACCGUCAAAUUCCUCGAGUCAAUGGGCCUGCCCCAGCCUAUGCUCUCGGUCACCCGGAAGCAGAUCGAGCAGGGCAAGAUCGACUGGAAGUCUUCGCUCGAGUAUCGCAUGUACUCGCGACACGAUAAGCCGGUCGACGAGGAGGAGUAG